GGGGGUGAUGAAACGGGAGUGAAGAAGAGGAAGGAAGAGAGAGCGGGGGGGCGGGUUGAUAUCUUGUUUUUCCCCUGGAGCGGAAAGGGCGUCACGCCGGCCGCAGGACGGAAGGAAGGGAAGAAAGCCAGAAGAAGACAACCACGAAGACGACGAGGAGGGGGGCUGGGAAACACGACACAGGAUCGGCGAAUUUGACGGCGGACGGCGGCGAUCAACACCCCCGCGUAGCCACCCCCCACGUCCCGCCUCAUCCCUCGAUCAACGUCCUCUCUCUCCCCCACUCUCUCUCUCUCUCUCUCUGCGACGAUGAUCCGCGCCUCUCGUCUCCUCUGAACGUUAUUCCAACAAACCGUCGCCAUCGAUUCUGGAACCAUCAUCAUAAUCCGGGUUUUUCUUUCGAAUGACCGUGGAGUCAAAACGAGGGAGAAAGGCCAUCAUCGCCAUCAUCAUCAUCACCACCUCCACCACCGCUAGCACCAUCUCUAGCCGCCAGCCAGGUCCUCCCUCCCGGCUUAGCGCCUCCGGCAUCACCGAUGCGACGACACGGCGGCUCCAGCGGACUAGACUCGGACCAGCAGGGCUCUCAUCCACCAUGAAGCACUGAAAGACAUCCGACACAAGCACAGAUGGGAUGAAAAUGCGGCGGCACAGGGUGUUCUUGCUGUGCACGGUGGGCCUGUGCGUCAUCUCUUUCCUGCACUACUACAAGGCCCUCCACUACGUCUCCCUCCUGCGCGAGCUCUCCGCCCCUUACCCGAACAUCAAGUCCUUCAUCAUGGUCACCGGCUUCUUCUGGAGAGAGAAGGGAAUCGCCGCCACCCCGCUCAGCCCCACGUCCCCCGAGGAGGCACCGCCUCUGCUUGCUCUUCACCCAUCGGACACCAAAACCAGAGGCAGAGGGGCAGGGGAUGUGGGGGGCGUGGUGGGAGAAUUGGGGCCGGGGUUGAUGUCGAGCGGCGUCGUCAGAAGAGCGGGACUGGAGAUGAGACUGAGGGAGGAGCCGGCGCCCCCUCACCCGUGGGAGAAACCAGAGGAGAGCCUGCGGGGAGACAUUCCAAGUCAGCGAGAUGAAAACCACCUCCAACCACGGGAACCCACCCACCUUGCCCGACCUGCAGGCGUUGACCUCCUGCAAGUCCCCUUCUCGGAAGUGGAGCACCCGGCAGUAUUCCUCAAGGAACAACUGGGAGACUCCUCAGAAACCAUGGGAGAUCUCCACACUCGCACUCACCAGCUGCAAGAUGACAAAACCUCGUACUUCGUACGAACCAAAGCCGGAGCGCUCUGCUUCAGGCAGGGCACGGAGGUGCUGAGCCAAAAGGACAACUCCGGCAGAGCAGUGGGCGGUGUGGCCGGGGACGGGGUACACGCAGGGGUGGCCGGACAUCGUAAACCUCUGGAGGUCCAGCAACAACCGUCUAUCCUUCCCAAACCCAAGACGAGAUCAAGAGGCGGCAAGCGUCUGGUGAAGUGCGUGUGCCGUCCAGGAUGGCACGGACCCUACUGCGGCGUUCCCACCAUGGUCUACCACUCCAACCUGCCCACUAAGGAGCGCCUGACCCCCAGAGAGACUCCACGGCGUGUCAUCAACGCUAUUAACGUUAAUCACGAAUUCGACCUGCUGCACGUUCGCUUUCAUGAGCUCGCCCAAGCUGUCGACCUGUUCCUUGUUUGCGAAUCCAACUUUACGGCUUACGGAGAGAAACGACCUCUGAGUUUUCUUCGGCUACUCCUCAACGGUACGUACGAUUACAUCCGCCACAAGCUCCUGUAUGUGUACCUCGACCACUUCCCGGAGGGCGGGCGGCAGGACGGUUGGAUUGCCGACGACUACCUCCGCACCUUCCUGACACGCAACGGUAUGUCCCGGGUGGUCGGAGUCCGACCGGACGACGUUUUUGUCAUCAACGACGCCGAUGAGAUCCCGGCUCACGAAGGUCUCCUCUUCCUGAAGCUCUUUGACGGGUGGACGGAACCCGUCGCUUUCCACAUGCGCAAGUCGCUGUAUGGUUUUUUCUGGAAGCAGCUCGGCUCUCUGGAGGUGAUAUCAGGCUGCACGGUCGGGAUGCUCCGCCACGUCUACGAUUGCAACGGCAUCAUGCUACGGCGGCGCGAGUACUACACCAUGCCAGGCUUCCGCAAGUACGAGAACGAUCUGGGCCACAUCCUGGUGCAGUGGUCGGUGGGCAGCCCCUUCCACUUUGCCGGCUGGCACUGCUCCUGGUGUUUCACGCCUGAGGGUAUCCACUUCAAGCUGACAUCGGCGCAAAACGGGGACUUCCCGCGCUGGGGAGACUACGAGGACAAACGCGACCUCAACUACAUCCGAGACCUCAUCCGCACGGGGGGUUGGUUCGACGGCUCCUUGCAGGAGUACCCUCCAGUGGACCCCAAAGAGCACAUGUACGCCCCAAGGUACAUGCUGGAGCACUACGACAGGUACCGCUACCUCCUGGAGAACCCGUACAGCCGAGCGCCCACGCAUAGCGACGUGUAGCGGGAGCGGCCAUUUUUGGAUAAACACCAAACACGGCGAUUGCUUCGGACUCGCUCAAAAAAAAAAAAAAAAAACUCCCAACUGGACGCCGUCAGUGGAGUCCCGCAGGGAACGUCGUGGAUGUACAGACCACUGGAGUAACCAAAUCAUUUCUUCAUUCCCACACUUUUUAAGGGGCGUGGCUACCGCCUAUGUGGUGCAUCAUAGCGAUGGCAGCCGCUCACGUGAAUAUCCCUUCCUGUUUGGACACACACACACACAUUCAUCAUUCAUGCACUUUUGUGUGUGUGUGUUAUAGGGAGGUUGUGUGUUGAUGAUAAAUGGGAGGUCAUUUCUGUGCUCCUGUUUGUACAUGAGAAUUGCAGGUGUGUGUGUGUGUGUGUGUGUGUGUGUGUGUGUGUGUGUGUGUGUGUGUGUGUGUGUGUGAUGAACUAGCGUUCAUGUGUCUUAUGACCCGUCAGUGUUGUGUGCAGCAGUCAGGAUGACUUUGUCUCCUUGGAAACAAAAGUGUGUGACGGGAAAGACGAGUAGGCGGGUUCAUCAAGUGUGUGUCUUUGUGUGUGUGUGUGUGUGUAGUUGUUCAUGCGAGGUCAACCCUGAUUGUGUUGUCAUCUUCGCUCACAGCAGCAUGACUCACUUUUCUUCUCUUUUUGAGAAAGUACAAGUUGACUUUUUUUGGAGGCACACAACCGGUAGGAACACACUUGUGUACAUACUUAACAAAUGCACUCACACAAACAACAGUGGGUACAGUGGAUAUACAACACACAAAUAUACACACACAUGCACACUGUUGGGCACGUGGACAAACGCAUUGAUUGGCAUGCUUACGCACAAAAACACACAUUUUUACUCAUGUGGUGACUCACACACACACACACACAAAAAGUACACACAAGCACAAAAAUAUACACCAACGUUCAUUAAGAUGUUGAAGGACGCACGCGAGUAAAGGAAUCAAACAUGGAGGCUAAAAGUAAACACUCCAUCGGCCAUCUGACGGACGAAGACUCCACCAGGCAGCGACGGUUGAAGCGGAAAUGAGGUUGGGCGAUGGAAAGGAUCGAGUGACGCUAACGCCUCGCUAAUGGAGCUAAAGUGUUACGCUUGCGGGGGGUAUGGGGGUGGGGGUGGGGUGGCCCAUGGCGCCGCUUAAACCUCUGCAGGGAUGUCAAUGCAGGCUAAUAGCAGCUCUGGCACGGUGCCUUAACGUCGACGAGGCCACGCUUCCUCUUUUCUGCACUUCCAUACAUUUAUGUCGAAUUUUUCAUAUUUUGCCAUUGUUCUACAUUUAACAUUAUGCUAGCUUAGCAUAUUCACACAAGACAAAAUGAUCACAUGUCUGUUUUAAAGGGGACCUAUUAUCAUUUUUUGGCCCUUUGCAUUGAGUUGUGGACUCCGAUAGAGCAGCGACACACAAUCACCAGAGAGCAUAUAAAAACUUUCUAGUUCCUCCAGAAUCUACACCUAUUCAGCUGUAUUUCCAUACAUUUAUGUCGACUUUUUCAUACUUUGCCGUUGUUCUACAUUUAACAUCAUGCUAGCUUAGCAUAUUCACACAAGACAAAAUGAUCAAAUGUCUAUUUUAAAGGGGACGUAUUAUCAUUUUUCCGCCCUUUGCAUUGAGUUGUGGACUCCUAUAGAGCAGUGACACACAAUCACCAGAAAGCAUAUAAAAACUUUCUAGUUCCUCCAGAAUCUACACCUAUUCAGCUGUAUUUCUUUGGAUUUUGUGCUUUUUGUGAAAAGUGUCUAUUUAAAUGUAUUCCACCCAUGACCCGCCUCCAGGCAUGUCCACUCCGCUGAGGUUGCUCUUACUUCCUGUUUGCUCGUCUGACUCUUCCACACGACCAAGUAACAUUGGAAAGCAACAGUUAAUCUGUUUUAUCAGUUUAGCUAGUUCAGCUGCAUACUGGCCUACGUUUACAAAAUACUCCAAUAUGAAAUGCCGUUAACGGAUUAAAAAGCAUUUCUUUUGCUGGUAGGGAAUCAAACUCCAACCACUUGUGCCUGAAGGUGGUGUCUUUAGGAAUUGGAAACAAAUGUGGCUUUCUCUUAGGAGCGAUUGCUAGCAACGUAAACAGAGGAAGCAGAGCAGAGUUUAUCUGGCUUACAGCCACACCCAUAUAAGGAAGUCUGCUCCAUUGUGACAUCACAAAGAGGCAGUUUUACCACACCUUAUGGAACUGAGCAUUUUGAGUCAUCCCAAACUUCUUUAAAGGUUCACUUCAAAAAUGUGCAAACCUCAUAAACUGAAACUUUGGCAUGGUUUAACACCAGAAUACAAGAAGAAGCAUAAUAGGUCUCCUUUAAGAUGUGUAGCAAAGCCUGCUUUUUAAAUGUAUGCAUGCACAGAGAAGAGGGGGGGGGGGUCAUCAAGCUGGGGGCUAAUCAGGAAGUUUUUGCUCCAUAAAAAGAUGCAACUGUAAAAAACACUUUUUUGAAUAUUUCACUUUAUGCGACAAACAUUAUUUUUCCUCACGGUGUUACGAGUUUAUUACUGUAAAAUUGUGACUUUUUCUCUUAAUAUUUUGUCUUCAUUCUCGUUUAAAAAAAAUCCUAUUUAUGUUGUUUUUUAAAUUUAUUUUCCAGCUAUUUAAAUUCUGACUUUAUUCCCAUAAUAUUUUGACUUUAUUCUCACAAUAUUACUACUUUCCCCUCAACCUAAUUUUGCUAAAAUGACAGCUUGAUUUGUUUAAUUUGUCAUAAUAUUACAACAACAAAAAAACACAAGAUGCUAUGAAAAUUAUGCUAUUUUUCCUCAUGAUGACAUCAUUGUAAAAUUACGACUUUUUGCUCAGUAUUUUGACUUUAUUCUUUUAAAAAAUAUAUCUUGUCAUUGCUUUUGUUGUUUUUUAAGCAGCUGUGCCGCACUUUGGUCACCACUGCUCUAAAGAGUCACUGUCAGAAAGAAAGUCACGUUUGCAUCACAGUGUUUAGCUUCCAAGACAGGAUAGUACAAGAGUGGGAAUGGUGAGACGGUCCGCAUAUUUUGGGCCUGGAGGAAAUGACUUUCUUCUCACUUCUGAUUGGCUGGAAUGCCCUCCCAGUAUAGAGUCGGCAUGCAGAUGAUGCCCUACAAAAGUAUUUUUAGCUUUGAAUUCAUUUUCCAACACAACAAAGUUGAUCUGAGGUCUCUCUCAUGUUUGAUGAGGUUUCCCUCAUGACCUACACCUGAUCCUGCCAUGGCGUGGGCGCGUGUGUGUGUGUGUGUGCGUGCCUGCAAUUCUCAUGACGUCAUGCUUUUGGCCACCUUCAAAAAAAUGUUUUUUAAUCAGAGUUUGACUGCAAGCAAGGACAAGUUAGCAAUGUGAAAAUGUGCCAGAUGUGCAGUUUUGGAGGGUGUGGUCCCGGUUUCCAUGGAGACCGGAGGGGGCGAAGGAGAAAGACUUUUUUGUGUGUGUGUGUGUGUGUUAAAGUUCCAUUGAUUGUUUUUGCACUUUUUGUUGGACUUUUUAAAGGUUAAAGAUGGAAACUAAACGGGGGGAGGGGGGUGUUUUAUUUAACUUUUGGUGGCAGCUUGAUAUUUAAUAUCUUUUACACAAGGCAGCGUGCCUGUCUGUAUUCAUUUUUUUAUUAUUUUAUGUUUGUAAUCAAUGCCAGGAUUUCCUCUGCCGGUCUGACUGCAUGUUCCCUCGCUGUGAAGAUUGCCUCCGCCUCUCAGAACCACUUCGGACUCGUUUGCGGUUCUGUUUUGACACUUUUAACAGUGUGAAUGCACCUUAAUAUUGAUUUUUUUAUGCUCAUUGGGUCGCUAACAGGGUUUAUUUGUAUUCACUUUCAAUCUUAUUUUUUGUGAUUUGUCAGCAAAAAAAAAAAAAGCGUGAAAGCCAAAGUGUCAUCACGUGAGAAGUACACUGUCCCCGGCCACUGCACAUGAGUGACCACCAGGGGGAGCUGUUCACUUCGUCUGGUUCUUAGGGAAGGUCAAACACUUAAAGGAUGUUGCUGAGUCCUAGACGGCACGCCCCCGGUUUUGUUAGGUGACAUCCUAUUGGAGGAUGGAGUGUUUUAUUUGACACGUGACCCCCCAUUCCCCCAAUCUUAAAGUAGCUCCUUCCGUCCCAGUGCACUGAUUGUUUUACUUUGUUUUGUUUUUUUUGGUUUCGUGUUCACUAUUGUUUUAAAUGUGUGUGCGCGUGUGUGAGGCCCAGUGGCUUGUUGUUCAAGUCCCUGACAGGCGACCACCCGACCGCCCCCCCAGCCCCACCACCACCACGUCGUUUCCAUGUAUUCACAAUAAGGAAGACGACUUUAAUACCACCCGUACCCCCGCAAACAAACGUCAUGAUGUUUUGUUUUUUUUUAAGUCCAAUUAUUCGGGGUGGGGUGUACAAGAUGUACAUGUGUAAUUGAAAAGUGAACAUGAUUUAAAAACAAGAAAACGUGUUCUUAUGACUGGCUGUAUGUUAACAAUGAACAUAAAAAGUUCUAUGACAAAAAUAUAAUAAAUUAAUUUUAAACAUUUGAAACGUGUUGAUGAUGUAAUUUUACUUCCCGACCACAAGAGGUCAUCAAAGAGUUUUUGUCAUUCUCUUUUCACUCAAUUGCGUUUUGUUACAGUAACUUACCAUUUCUUUAGAUUCACUUGGAUUUAACUUCGAAAUCUUUGUGUUUAACGAACAAAAGGUGAAAGAAGCACAAGACAGCAUGAAUAUAACAGUUCCUACUGUAUUGUUUCAUUGAGAAAUGCAAGAACUGCUCAGAUUUGAAGAGCAAUUCGUAACCAAGACAACCCAUAGCAGUGGUUAUUGGCACCAUCUAUCGGCCAAAUGGGAGUACAACAGCACGGCUGCGGUUUAAAGUGGAUAUAAUACGCAAAGUCACCACAGGGGGUGCUGUCUCGUUCUGAAUAAUGAACGAUGUGGGAAAAAGUAUUCGUUGGGCAGGACCUCUUAAUUUAAAAAUUUUCAUCUUAGCAAGACAUGUGACAAUUAUUCUGCUUUAAUACUAGUGGCAUGCUGUGGGGUUACAUGUUUUCAUAAAAAUAAAAAAAAAAUUAAUAAAAAUAAAAUCAUCUAACCUUCUGCCCCCUUCGUUCUCUCCUCCGCCAGGCAUCAAUUGUGAACUUUAUUGUUGUAUUGUUCAAUACAAUUAAUUAUUUAACUUGUUCAUAAAAAUACAUUGGAAAGAAAAAAAUGUUUUAUGUAUGGAGAUAAAUUAACAUUAAUUGCUUUAUAGGUCUAAUUAUGGGGAGGUAAUCGAAUCAAAUCGGAUUUUAAAAUGAAUCGUUAGAUUAAUCGAAAAAUUAAAAACAAUUUUUUAGAUUAAUCAAUGAUAAAAGUAAUCGUUUAAACCAGCCCUACACGUGACAUGUGGGUGGAUACUAAAAUAUCGAUCCGGAAAUCAAAAUAUUGAUUUUUUAGAUGGUCAUAUUUGAAAUUUUGGUCUACUGAAAGGAUGAUCGUAAACGGCGCCAUGUGUGAAUUAUGAAGACAGUUUUAAUUAUUUUGUUGUUUUACAUAUUUUCUUUUCAUCCUUUAAAAUACCAUUUUCACGUUUUUUUUAUAUGAUUUUGAUAUUGAGUUGUGUCUGUAAGUAAUGUGCAACUAUAGUUAUAUGUGUUGUUUAAUUAGGAUGCUAAUUCUGUCUAGCUUGGAGAUUGGAGCUCAAUUCUAAAUUGUCCAUAGGUAUGAAUGUGAGUGUGAAUGGUUGUUUGUCUAUAUGUGCCCUGUGAUUGGCUGGCCACCAGUCCAGGGUGUACCCCGCCUCUCGCCUGAAGACAGCUGGGAUAGGCUCAAGCAUCCCCCGCAACCCACGUGAGGAUAAGCGGUAGAAAAUGAAUAAAUGAAUGAAUGAAUGUUUUAAAAGUUAGUACGGAGGCUUCGCAGCAAGGAGACCCGAGUUCAAUUCCAUCUCUGUGUGGAGUUUGCAUGUUCUCCCCGUGCAUGCGUGGGUUUUUUCCGGGUACUCCGGUUUCCUCCCACAUUCCAAAAACAUGCUAAGUUAAUUGGCGACUCCAAAUUGUCCAUAGGUAUGAAUGUGAGUGUGAAUGGUUGUUUGUCUAUAUGUGCCCUGUGAUUGGCUGGCUGUACCCCGCUUCUCGCCUGAAGACAGCUAGGAUAGGCUCCAGCAAUUUUCAGUCUAUUUUCAUAAGUGUUUUCUUCGAGAACAUUUGUUGAACAAGGAAUGCUUUAUUAUAUCCAUAUCCUUAAAAAAUGUUUACUUUGUUUCCUUGUUGGCGUAAACACUGACCGUCUGUGGAAGAGGUUAGACACCCCAGCUGGAUCAAAUGGUGCGUUAGAGGUUUGUAUGUUGGGAGAACUAGUCCUGGUAAGAAUGUCCAAGUCCAGUCCAGUCCCGUUAUCACUGGAGGCCAGGCGCCACCAGGUACCCGUUGAAGGUGAUGUAAACGUCCACGUCGUCGCUGUAGACUGCGUUCUCCCUCUCACGCUUGUAGAGGCGCACCCACACCUCGUCAUUGAGUGCCAAGUCCAGCAUGACGCUCUGGCUCUGCAUGAUGGAGCGCUCGCUGGGCUGGGCGUACAGGAUCACCUGCUCCUUGUCGUUGUGCAUGAGGUGCAGGUAGGUCUCCUUGAAGUUCCACGUGUGGAUGUUGACGUUGAAGAAGUAGACGCCGGGCACGUAGCAGUAGAACUUGCCCUUGAACAUGUUGAAGUGCUCAUACAGGUUGACGAACACCGUGUCGAACACCAGCGC